AUGACCCGGCUGAUGUUGGGCCGGACUUUGGAGCGCAUCUGUAAAGGCGUGCUGCUGCUAUGCCUGCUCCACUUCCUCAUUAUGAUGAUCCUGUAUUUCGACGUGUACACCCAGCGCUUCGACCUCUUCAGCCGCUUCAAUAACGGGCGCAAUGGAUCCAGGAAUAAUAUCAGCAGCACUGGACAUCAUUACUACUACUACAAUCUGACCAGGCCUAACGGAACAAUGGCCAGUUUCUUAGCGACGGGAGAGCAGCUCGGGUUAAGCACGCAACCAGAGACGAACCAGACGCCUUCGCCCAAACCUCUGCCCCCCUGCCCCGAGAUCCCUCCCGGACUGGGUGAGUGGAACACAUUUUAG